GUUUGUGUGGCCCUUCAAGAUACUUCAGGAGGGGACCAUCGCGAGGGGCUCCUCAAGGCAUGGGUUGCACCCCAGCACUGGGCAGCAGGCCUCCACUAACAGGGUCUCCGCCUCCAGCAGUCAUUUUAAUUAUUGCCGGAUGAAGGGCCACACAUGGGACUCACUGCUGUCAAGAGCCUGUCAGCAUGGCCAUGAGGGUCUGGAUGUGGGCGGCAGCUGUGGGGGGGCUGGUGGGGGCGUGGUGUGUGGGUAUGGUGUGGGGGUGGGGCAGCGAGGGGGGGGGCAUGGGGGUGGUACUGCCCCUCUCCAUCAUCGCCGGCUGCCUCUCCGCGAUGGUGCUUGGGGCCACGCUCACCAUCGCCGCCUACAUCAAACUCUCCACCAAGCACCAGGUCACCAUCAGAGUCCCUCCAGAAAUAUCGGCACUCCACACACUCACCUCGAGCAUCUGCUGUGACAUCGAGAGCUCCCUGCCGGCCAGACACGGGGUGGUGAUCAGCCGCAAGAUAGACUGUGCCAUCAACGAGCUUAUGGACACCUUCAUCCAGAACAACAUCAACCCGUGGUACACCAACAUCGUGAGCGACCCCACACCCAGCAUAGAGACUCUCAGGAAUGUGUUGUGGUACAGUGUGGUGAGCAUCAACGAGCGGCUCGGGAAGAUGGACCAGGUGCGCUUCCUGACGGGGGGCGUGGUCACCUGCCUCACCCGACACCUGGAGCACAUCCGGAUGGCUCAGGCCGCUGGAGAGGCCCGGGGGGAGAGGGGUGUGUUCCACCUGGUGCCCCAGCUCAGCUCCCCGGAGAGAGAGAGGAACUUCCUGCGCCUGGUGGCCGAGCUGCUAGUCGCCCGCUGCCUCCCCCCAGAGUACUCCCGCUGCACCCCACUCCGCACCCUACUCAAGGAGCUGCUGGCCUGCAAAGUGUUUGAACCGCUGAUCGACCGCGUGUGUGACCCGGACUGGAUCAACCAGCGGCUGGUGGCGUACCUGCGGCAGCAGCAGGCAGCCGAGGAGCUGCACCGGCGCACCUACAUGUACGCCGCCAGCUACGAGGACUUCAUCACCCUCAUCCAUGACUCCACCGACGUGCACGACCUGAAGCACCUCAGCCUUGACAACUUCUUAGAGUUGGUUUUAGCCUCAGAAAGCACAGAAGACUUACUCAGGAUCAGGCGGAACAUCAUCAACGAAAUCAUGCAAGCCACAGCCAUCAACAACCUGAAGAAGGCCAAGGGGCUGGACGUGAACAAGGACAGCACGCCGCAGGGCCCAGGGAAGGGAGACCUGCUGCAGGCCCGCAACCUGAAGCGCUACAUCAACCAGCUGACGUACGCCAAGGCCCAGUGUGAGCGGCGGAUAACGGUGCUCAAGACUGGCAAGGGAGCGGAGGCGGCCGGGUCAGGCACAGAGAAAGGCGACACUGACAGCUACAACUCCCUGCAGAACCUGCCCGGAAGAAAGAUCCUGAUGUUCCAAGCCCUCAUGGAGUCCGCCUUCUCGCGCCGCUAUUUCUCCAUGUACCUGGACGAGAUAGGCCAGGGGGCACUCAUCUGCUUCUGGUCCGCCGUGCAAGACCUGCGGCACGCCGACAAGCGCCUCCACCACCAGCUGGCCACCGAGAUCUACUACACCUACCUCAGCCCACAGACACCGCCCGUCAAAGUGGACAAGCCAACCCUCCGAGGCGUGGAAGCGUUCCUCUUGGGCAACAGGGGUCCGGAGGUGCUGUAUGAGAUAGCCGAGGAGGUGGAGCGCACGCUGGAGGAGAGGCACUACACCGGCUUCCUCGUGUCCUCCACCUACCACGCCAUGAUCCACCAGGCAGCUCUCCAAGGGGUGGACUUCAUGACUGAGUGUGCUGACGAGACCGGGCCAGGGGCAGGGGAGGGCGGCCCCACAGAGCCCGUGGAGCCUGUGCAGCUGCAGCUUUCAGACCACUCCACCUACGCCAGGAACAAGCUGGCACACCUGCAGGAGAGGCUCACCAACAAGCUCCUGGCUCUCCAAGCGCUGCGCCAGAGCGGGAAGGCGGAUCCCAAGGUCAUCACACACUUGGAGGGGGAGAUAGCGCAGUUGCGAGCUGACCACAAGCUGCUGGAGACCCAUGUGGAGAGAACGGCACUGUGGAGUGACAACAUCGGGAACUGGAAGGUCCACGUACAGAGUGUCCAGUUCGUCGAGGAGAAGGAGAUCCCUCACCUGGUGCUGCUCGUCCACCUGAACUCCGAGGACAUCAAGAUCUCCACCACCAGCACAACAUCCACCACCACAACCACCACUGCAUCCACCACCACCACUACCUCCAGCACCACCAGUACCCCCAGCACCACCACCACCACCACCACCACCACCCCUGUCAUCCAAGAGCUCUCCCCUUGCUCUGCACUCCCCCCCUCCUCCGGCACCUCCGCUUCCUCCACCAUCACCUCCCCCACAUCCUCCCUCAGCAGCCUGGAGUCCUCGGUGGCCUCCUCCGCCCCGGACAACGGUUGGGUGUUGGUGAGGAAGUUGCCGCAGCUCAUUGACCUCCACCGCAAGUUGUGUCAGAUAUCCCCUUUCAUGAAGUCGGUGGAGCUCCCAUCUGUGCCCAGCAAGAUCCUGUUCAGCAAGGUGAUGGACAAGGCCCACGUGGAGCGCGUCAGGACGGUGGCACAAAACUACUUUGCUGCCGUGCUGAGUGAUGAGAAACUCUGCAGCUCUGAGCUGAUCUACGCCUACCUGUCGCCCUCCCCAGAGCACCUCAAGCAGGUGGAGAUACAGCGCAAGAAGCCCAAGUUCUCCUUCUCUACAUUUUUCAGAGGAGGAGACUCCAAGAGUGACAGUGACGAGGAGGAGAUUGGCCUCAUGAUGGAGGUGGGCGAGUCCCCAGGUGACGGUGGGAAAGACUCCGUGGCGGAGCCUCUCUUCUCCUUCCUGGAGGAGCUGUGUGAGCUGAGGGGUGUCAGCAAGUGGCUCAGGAAGACCCUCAUCUCCUUUGUGCAGAUCACCUAUGGCAAGACCAUCACCAGACAUGUGCGGGAGACAGUGUCGGGGCUGCUGAGUGAGUCCAUGGUCCUGUACUACAUGCACACUGUGAGGGACAACCUCUGGCCAUCUGACGAGGGCCUCCAGGCCACCCAGCAGCCUCGCACUGAGGAGGACAAGCUCAGAACAAGGUAUGAGGCACGAGAGCAGUUUGUGAACAACCUCCCAGUGCUGCUGUGUACCCUGGUAGGCCAGCAGAACGCCCGCCGCGGGGCCACUAAGCUCUUCACGACGCUGCAGCACCACGCACUCAACAAAAACCUCUUCUACAAUGCACUGGAGGUGUUGCUGAAGGAACUUUUCCCGGAGCUUCAGGAGCACAUGGACAAGAAGAGCUAAGGUGUCAGCCAUUCCAAGGGUCUUGCAUCUGCAGGCCCACAAACCCCUGCCAUCAUCACCACCAAAGUCUCACAAGUAUUUGAGGCUCAACAGUCAGAACCAAGUAGUUGCUCAUUUUACUCUAGUGAUUAUUUUGUAGAUAAGAUUGCCAACAGAGAAGAUAAUUUUGUAUCCAAAGAUUUGAAUAGGUUAGGAUUAAGUUAGUACAACAAAAACAUUCCACACAUGAUAUUCUAUUUUUCUGUGAGUACAAGUGAUUUAUUGAUUCUCCAUUCCUCUGCAACCUCUGCCAAAACCUUUCCUUACGGGGAGCCUUGGCGGCCAGGUGACUGUGCUGAUAAGUAAGAUUGCUGUCACAGAGGCUUUACACAAACACCAAAGACUGGCUAAGUGUAUACAUUAUAGUGGCCUGUAUUUCUUGGCAUAUAAGACACACUGAGGUUAUGAGAUCCUACAAUAUAUGAAGGAAAA